AUGGGAGACAAGUUUGAGCUGCUUAAGACACCUGUCGAAACCAGCUCACGGCGUCAUAAAUCGAAAGAGGGAAAACUGCGAUUACGCGUCAUCUUCUUAGACGCCAGCGAACGAGUUUUCGAGGUCGAGCAAAAGAUCCUGGGUUGUGACUUCUUCAAUAAAGUGUGUGGUCAUUUAAAGCUCCUGGAGAAAGAAUACUUUGGCUUGGAAUUCCGUCACCACAAUGGCAACUAUGUGUGGCUGGAACUUCUAAAACCACUGGUUAAACAGAUCAAAAACACCAGUGAUGUGGGAUUCCGUUUUAUUGUAAAGUUUUUCCCUCCAGAUCCUGGCCAGCUGCAGAGAAGCUUGACCAGGUAUUUAUUUGCCCUGCAAAUAAAACAGGAUUUGUCCAGUGGUAGCCUCACCUGUCACGACAACAGCGCUGCUCUGCUGGUCUCUCAUAUACUGCAGGCAGAACUUGGGGAUUAUGAUGAAGAGGUAGAUGUUCAUCACCUAGAAAUUAAGCAAUAUGUGCCAAAUCAGGAGUACCUGGACCACAAGAUUAUUCGCUUUCAUAAGAAACACAGAGGUCACAGUCCUGCCCAGUCAGACAUUCAUCUGUUGGAGGUUGCCCGAAAGCUGGAUAUGUAUGGCAUUCGUCCACAUCCUGCAAAUGAUGGGGAAGGCAUGAGGAUCAGUCUGGCUGUCACCCACAUGGGCAUUCUUGUAUUUCAGGGUAACACAAAGAUCAACACCUUCAGCUGGGCCAAGAUCCGCAAGCUGAGCUUCAAGAGAAGGCACUUUCUUAUCAAACUCCACACCGAGGCUGGGCCUUCACGGCGGGACACGGUGGAGUUUACCAUGGCAUCCAGAGAUAUUUGCAAGACGUUCUGGAAGAUGUGCGUGGAGUACCAUGCCUUCUUCCGACUGGCAGAAGAGCCUAAACCACAGCAGAAGUCCCUACUCUCCAGCAAAGGCUCCAGUUUUAGAUACAGUGGCAGGACACAGAAGCAACUCUUAGAGUCUGUGGGAUCUGGAGAACACAAACGUUUACCAUUUGAGAGGACACAGUGCAAGUCUGAACAUAACUCUUGGCAGUGCAAGUCAUCCCCUGAUUUACUUACUGAUGUCUCUAAACAGCUCUACGAGAAAGCUCAUCUCUUCCCUCCCCUUGCUACAUCUAAGCAACAUACAGAUGUGUCUAUGGAUGACCUUGAGCGAUCCCACCCCUUGGCAAGAAACCAUGCCUUUUCAAGCAAGUCUGUAUCUCCAAAGCCACGAUCGAUGUCUACAUCAGGGAUGGAACGUCGAGGUAGAGCUGGUCAGAGGCCAGGGGCAAGGAGACGCCAGUCCCCCAGUGCCCAGCACCUGGUCCUCCUUUAUCCCAACAGCCCCCACCUGCAGUUCCACCCAGUGCUGCCAUCCUUCCCUCUUUCAGCUUACCCUUAUCUGCUUCAAGACCAGACCUCUUAUUCUCUGGACCGGCUCACUCCAGACCAUCCGAGUUCUACACCUUUGAAGUGUUUGUCCAGGCAAACUGGCCUCUCCUCCUCACCUGCUUCUUCUUUGUCACCACCACGACGGCAGCAGCACCUGGAGAGGCUCCGGCUCUCUGGAAUCGAAUUGGCCGGAUCGAGACUCUACUCACUAUCAGGAGGGGGGCUUGGGGCGGGGUUGAAUAGAAAGCUCAACAUGGGAAGAAUGGAGGCUGGGCACUACAGUGAUGACUCCACCUUUCAGACAGGGUUACCUCGUCGAGCCUCAAGUCAACCGGAUGUGAAGUUCCAGAGACCUACACUGGCUUCCUCUGCUACAGUCUUUGCUUCAGAGUUUCGACCUCUGGGGUAUUAUCCCCACCUGUCACGUUACCAGGUACCUCCAAGGCCCACUUAUCUCCCUCUAAGCCCUCUCCCUUUGCCAGAACGACCUGCAUCUUUGUGCGUACUUGGCACUGGGAGUUACAGUGAUUCGGAUUCUGACUCUUUUUAUCCCUCCUACUGCCCUAAAGUGGUACAUUCUGGCCCCUUAGCACGUAUGCGCUUUUCUUCUGGAAGCCUGCAACUAGAUGAGGAAGAGGGGGAGGAUGACGAAGAUGCAUUCGAUCAGUGUGAUGGGGAGAACAGUGCUCUCACUUCAGUCAAGGUCAUGAAAUUGUAG